CAUCAACUUCUUUUCCUUUAUCUAACACACUUCAACUUUAUAUGUAUCUCCACAUUUCUCUCUCUCACAAGAACUCUCAUACCACACAACCAUGGACUGGUUCUCAUGGCUAUCAAAAACUGGCCUUGAACCUUCCCUUAUUUAUGAAUAUGGCCUAGCUUUUUCUCACAAUGAACUUGAAGAAGACGACAUAGCUUACUUUAACCAUGAGUUUCUCCAAAGCAUGGGAAUCUCCAUCGCCAAACACAGAUUAGAAAUUCUCAAGCUCGCCAGGAAAGAGAAGGGUAACGGCCCACAUCCCAUGUCAAGGCUUCUUGUUGCGAUCAAGCGAACCAAGAGGUCUCUUACCAAGUAUAUUCGGACGUGGAUUCGCCGUGAGGACUCGGCUCUGGUCCUCUUGCCGAGGCGCAGUUACAGUGGAAGGUGGAAGCAUGCUAUGAUGAGGAGGAACAAAAGGUUGACGAUGGUGAAGCAGAAUAGACUAUUGCUUACAAAUGGGAGUCCUAUGAUGAUGUCCAGUGCUAGAAUCAACAGUUUUUCGAGUCCCAUGGUUCAUGAUCUUCGCAGCGAUGAGAAGAUGGAUGGAGACUACGACGAGUACUGGUCUGCCGCCAUGGAAGAGAUCAGGUGGGAUACCAUGUUUCAGAAUUUGAAACCCACAUGAAUGGUGAGAGAUGGAUUUUUUUGUUCUUCCACCAGUAACUUUUGGAUUUUUUUUUUUUUUUUUUGAGCUGGCACAGGGCUGUGGUAUCCUAUCCUGUGAAAAUUUAUUCAGUCCAUAUAGGUCUAAUCUAUAGUUAUGCGUAGCCAAGUUCAUGCUGCGUUUAACUGCAUUUGGUCGUGUCUAGCGAUCAUAUUACAUUCGAACCCGGAUUGGGUUUCUUUUGUUUACCUGAAGACUUGCAUUAUUUUUCUUUUGGAGGUGGUGGGUCAUGCUGAAAGGCCACCUUAGCUCCAUUAGGCUCUGUAUCAGUAAUGAGAUUGUCUCCCACUUAUGUAUUGUAUGCAGCUUUCUUUUUAGUUAAAUAUGGUGAUGAU